CAUCAUAGGUUUCAAUUGUUUUGGUCAACUUUGGUUAGAAAUUAUAAUUUUUAUAAUAUUGAUUGUAAACUGAUAAUUUUUGCUAAUUUCUACUAAUAGAAAAAUGGACGGAGACCUAUAUGAUGAGUUUGGUAAUUACAUCGGACCUGACUUGGAAUCAGAUUCAGAAGACGAGCAGAGUGUUUAUGGCCAGGAUAAUCGUGAUGCUGACGAGGAUGCAAUGGAUGAAGACGAGGAGGGUGAUGCAGAACCUGAAGCUGCUCCAAUGUCCGUGGUUUUACAUGAAGAUAAAAGAUACUAUCCACAAGCAGUGGAAGUGUACGGUCCAGACGUGGAGACAGUGGUCCAAGAAGAGGAUACACAAGCUUUGGACAAGCCUCUAGUAGAACCAGUGAAGCAGAAAAAGUUUCAAGUGCAAGAACAGCAGUUGCCAGAGACCACAUAUGAUAUGGAGUACAUGGCAGAUAUGCUGGAUAACACUAAUUUAAUGAGAAAUAUCACUUUGAUGGGGCACUUGCACAAUGGCAAGACAUCAUUUGUAGAUUGUUUAAUAAGACAGACACACCCUGGCACAGUAAAUAAUGAAACAACAAUACCCAUGAGGUAUACAGAUACAUUGUUUGUGGAACAAGAGAGAGGUGUGUCUAUCAAGUCUAUGCCUGUCACACUCUUGCUCAAGAACAUCAAGGGCAAGUCACAUCUACUGAACAUAAUGGAUACACCAGGACAUGUGAACUUUAGUGAUGAGGUUACUGCUGCAUUAAGAAUAUCAGAUGGAGCUGUACUAUUUGUUGAUGCUGCUGAGGGUAUAAUGUUAAACACAGAACGUCUCCUGCGACAUGCAGUGCAAGAACGAGUGCCACUCACGAUAUGCAUUAAUAAAAUUGACCGUCUCAUACUUGAGCUGAAGUUACCACCUGCGGAUGCUUACUACAAGUUACGUCAUAUUAUUGAUGAGUUGAACUCAUUGGUGGAGACCAACCAGCCACAGGAUAACCCUGAUGAACCCCCAACCAUAUUCUCACCGCUAUUAGGCAAUGUAUGCUUUGCAUCAUCUUUAUAUGAUGUAUGCUUUACUCUGGAAUCAUUUGCGGCGAUGUACGCCUCCGCGCAUGUGACCAGCGGACUGCGUGCAUCAGAUAUGGCGGCCUGGCUGUGGGGCGAUGUUUACUUUAAUGCCAAGACAAGGCGCUUCACUAAGAAGUCACCGCAUGCCUCUGCGCAACGAAGCUUUGUUGAGUUUAUAUUGGAGCCGUUGUAUAAAAUAUUUGCACAGGUGGUUGGUGAUGUGGAUGACACAUUGCCAGCAGUUCUUGCCGAGUUGGGUAUUAAGUUAACGAAACAAGAAGCAAAACUCAACAUCCGUCCGUUACUCAGGCUUGUCUGCAGCCGUUUCUUUGGUGAUUUUAGUGGUUUCGUGGAGAUGGUGUGCCGGCACAUUCCUUCCCCGCUGGACGCGGCGGAGCGCAAGGUGGCGCAUUGUUACCGCGGGGGCGAGGGCGCGCUGCGAGACUCUAUGCUCGGCUGUGAUCAGAGCGGGCCACUUGUCGCCCACACCACCAAGAUGUAUCCCACCGAUGAUUGCACAUUCUUCUUGGUGUUAGCGCGCAUAAUGUCGGGUACGCUGUACGCGGGUCAGGCGGUGCGCGUCCUGGGCGAGAACUACAGCGCCCAGGAUGAGGAGGACUCGCGUCUCAUGAACGUUGGCCGGUUGUGGAUAUACGAGGCCAGGUACAAGGUGGAACUGAACCGUGUGCCGGCGGGGUGCUGGGCGCUGAUCGAAGGUAUCGACCAGCCGAUAGUGAAGACAUGUACGCUGGUGGCCGCCGAGGAGACGGAGACGCUGCACACAUUCCGCCCGCUGCGCUUCAACACGCACGCCGUCGUCAAGAUCGCUGUUGAGCCGGUCAAUCCCUCGGAACUGCCCAAGAUGUUGGACGGACUGAGGAAGGUGAACAAGUCUUACCCGCUGCUGUCGACGCGUGUGGAGGAGAGCGGCGAGCACGUGGUGCUGGGCACCGGAGAGCUCUACCUCGACUGUGUUAUGCACGACCUGCGGAAUAUGUACUCAGAGAUUGAUAUUAAAGUCGCUGACCCUGUGGUAUCGUUCUGUGAGACUGUGGUAGAGACAUCGUCACUGAAAUGCUUCGCUGAAACACCCAACAAGCGUAACAAGCUGACGAUGAUCGCGGAGCCGCUGGAGCGCGGACUGGCUGAAGACAUCGAGGCGGGUGCUGUCUGUGUCACCUGGGAUCGCAAGCGUCUCGGGGAGUUCUUCCAGAACAAAUAUGACUGGGAUCUGUUAGCUGCGCGUUCUAUCUGGGCUUUCGGGCCUGAUGCAACGGGGCCAAACAUUCUGGUGGAUGACACACUGCCAUCAGAGGUUGACAAACAUCUGCUCGCCUCCGUCAAGGACUCUAUCGUACAAGGUUUCCAAUGGGGUACGCGUGAGGGUCCGUUGUGCGAGGAACCCAUUCGUAACGUCAAGUUCAAGAUCCUGGACGCGGUGAUCGCUCAAGAGCCGCUGCAUCGAGGCGGCGGACAGAUUAUACCUACAGCUAGACGAGUGGCGUAUUCAGCGUUCCUGAUGGCGACGCCGCGACUCAUGGAGCCCUACCUGUUUGUGGAGGUACAGGCGCCUGCCGACUGCGUAUCCGCUGUGUACACCGUUCUUGCUAAACGAAGAGGUCACGUGACGCAAGAUGCGCCAGUGCCCGGCUCGCCGCUGUACACUAUUAAGGCGUUCGUGCCCGCCAUAGACUCGUUCGGUUUCGAAACUGACUUGCGCACGCACACACAGGGCCAGGCCUUCUGUCUACAAACAUUCCACCAUUGGCAGAUCGUACCCGGCGACCCGCUAGAUAAGAGCAUCGUUAUCAGACCGCUAGAACCGCAACCAGCGACGCAUUUGGCCCGUGAGUUCAUGAUCAAGACGAGGAGACGUAAGGGUCUUAGCGAGGACGUCUCGAUCAACAAGUUCUUUGACGACCCCAUGUUGCUUGAGCUCGCCAGACAAGAUGUACAACUCAAUUAGAA